AUGUCGACCCAUGAAGUCUACACAGACGUUUCUGGCUGGACCAACACGCGGAUAGGAGAGCAGUUGCCAUCAUCACAGUUGCACAAUUACCAUACUUCUACGAUGAUGAUGCAGUUCUGUGGAUCACCAAUUGCUGAACCACUCAAGCAAGAACCAGAUGCACCCGUGGGGCAGUGUGAUAUUCGAGGCCUGGCCUAUUUGAAGGCAGCUGAACAAGGACACAGCUCACAAAAUCCUAGUGAUCGUUGCUAUAUGGGCUCCCACAAGGGGAGCCAGGGGGACCUCUCUUGCAGUGAUCUAACAGAUGCCGUGCAGUCGAGUUCGGCAAGUUCUUGCCCUGGGAGUCCUCAGACUCCCGUUGAUGGAGAGCAGCAAAGUGAUAACGGGCAUAUCGAUAGCAAGCAGGAUAUCUACAGCCCUGCUACGGAGGAUGUUGAAAUUCAUGACGCAGACGACGAACCCAAACCGACUGGGGAAGAGAAGAUUGACAGGAAAAAAAUGAAGCGGUUUAGACUUACCCAUAACCAAACUCGAUAUCUUAUGAGCGAAUUUACUCGUCAGGCGCAUCCGGACGCUGCUCACCGGGAAAGAUUAUCUAGAGAAAUCCCUGGGUUGAGCCCACGGCAGGUCCAGGUCUGGUUUCAGAAUAGGCGGGCAAAACUUAAGCGUCUAUCUCUAGACGAUAGGGAGCGAGUCUUGAAAUCUCGGGCGCUUCCUGAUGAUUUUGACAUUGCCCAGUCUCUACAGUCAUCCUAUGCCACGGAACACCAUGGUUAUACCACGCCUUUAGUCUCCCCUGGGACUUUCUUUCCUCCAGAAGAAAACGACCCUUACCACUCAGCGCGGGUGGGAACAUCAGCUGCAGAUGACUACGCUACUUCUCCCUUAAGCUCUACAUCGGCCUAUGGUAGCUAUUUUAGCCGUGGUAACUCUGCCUUUAGCCGCGGCCCUGACUCUAUGUCCAGCAUGUCGACAUCUAGCGACAGCAUUAGCAGCUUUGGAUCUAUGGCUUCUGCAAACCCAUCCAUUCAUGGACGUAUGCACUUCAUACCCAGGACUUUUGGAGAGCAGCAGGGAGCUAUGCGCCCGCCUGUUCCACAGCUCCACAUGUACAAUACUUCCCUUAGGUCGCGGGCAGGGUCGCUGAAUCUGCCUCUCCGCGGUACGAUGCCUUGCCAUACUCCACCUUUGGAGUACGCAGACACAGAUUCCACUACAGACAUGAACAGCGCCUACGGUAGUCGAUCCCUGGACGCGUCUACUCGGAGAGAUCCAUUUGGCCUAGGUUCUGUGGCAGAAGAAUUCAAGCAGAAGACGGUAGGACAGCCUGUGACGACUACGCCAAGGAUAGGCGAAGGAUCGCCGCCGAAGGCAGACCAUAGUCGUGCAGCCGCCGUAGCCUUGCGGUCUGCGCCCCUUCCCUCCACACAAGAAGAGGAUCAGCUCUCGGGGCUCGGUCCGCAGUUCAACCUAAGCUCAUUCGGAAUUACCUACUCUCGACAGAGCCCAUCUACCAACACGAACGAUCUGACCUCUCAUCCAUCUAACAAGAUGUCUGACAUGCAAAGUGCCUAUAACAACCAUGGCACAGCCUGGCUGCAGCAAACCAUACAACAAAAACUAAGCUGCUAUCCAGCGCCAGACUACUCUUCCCCAAGGCAGCGAGGCUUCUACUACCAAUCCAACACAGAGACAAUAUGA